AUGGCGGCGGCAGGUCCGAGUACUCGGGCCUCUUCCGCGGCGGCAGCGGCAGCUCUCAGUCGGCGGGGCCGACGGGGCCGCUGUGACGAGAUGGCGGCAGCCAAGACUGGGGCCCCGGGCGCAGCCUCUGGCCCCGCGCUGCUGGUAUUGCCGCCACCGCUGCUGCAGCCGCCGCCACCGCCGCGGCCGGAGGAGUCGGGCUGCGCCGGGUGCUUGGAGACCCCGGGGGAAGCGGCGGCCCUGCCGUGCGGCCACUCGCUGUGCCGAGGCUGCGCCCAGCGCGCCGCCGACGCAGCGGGCCCGGGUUGCCCGCGCUGCCGAGCCCGCGGCCCCGGUUGGGCCCGCCGUCGGGCCCGCGACGACGGCCAGGCCGACGCGGAGGUGCAGGGCGAGCGCGCCCGCCGCGGCCAGCCCGAGCGCUGCCGCCCGCGCCGGGACGGGGGCGCGGCCGCCGCGGGGCCCAGGCCGGAGCAGGAGCCGCGCGCCGCGGCCGCAGAGCCAGAGUUUAUAUUCAGAGCACCAAUCAAGUUAAGCAAGCCUGGAGAACUUCGUGAGGAAUAUGAAAGCCUGAGAAAGCUGAGAGAGGAAAAGUUACAAGAGGAGAAAACCUCUGAAGAUCAAAUCCACAAGCUGUUAUCGGAGGAUACGGAAACAGGGAAAAGGAAAAUGGAUGACCAGAAAAAGAGAGAUGAGCCACUAGUACUGAAGACAGAUCUGGAACAUUGUCCUGCGCGCCUCUCAGAUUCAGAGAACGAAGAACCUUCCCGAGGAAAGAUGACACAGACCCAUCGCUCGGCAUUUGUUUCUAAGAACAACUCCUACUCCUUAGCUUUCCUGGCAGGGAACCUAAAUUCCAAGGUGGAGAGGAGUCAGAGCUGCAGUGACACUGCUCAAGACAGAGUGAAGAGCAGACUCAGAGCAGCCCCGACCAGCAAAACCAAGGUUACGGCUAUGACCCCAGCCUCCAACCCCAUCAUCGGCGUCCUCCUGUCCACCCAGAACAAUCGUUGCCUCUCAGCCCCUGACUUAACGGUGGAAAAACGUCUCCCCUUCAGCUCCCUCUCAUCCUUGGCUUCUCUGCAUAAGCCAGAACGCUCCAUCAGUCCGGAGAGCAAUGAUAGCAUCUCCGAGGAACUAAACCAUUUCAAGCCCAUUGUCUGCUCACCGUGUACUCCUCCCAAGAGACUCCCCGAUGGCCGAGUGCUCAGUCCCCUCAUCAUCAAAUCAACACCCCGCAACCUCAACAGAAGCCUGCAGAAGCAGACUUCUUACGAGGCUAGUCCAAGGAUCCUCAAAAAGUGGGAACAGAUCUUUCAGGAGCGGCAGAUCAAAAAGACCCUUUCGAAAGCCACCCUCACCUCCCUGGCUCCAGAAACAGGGGAAGACUUAGUAGUGUCUGAGGUGACCCAUUCUAGCAAAGAAAAGCCACCUCUGACUUUACAGGCGAGACUGGCCGGGGGCCAGGCCCUCUCUGAGUGGGCCGGACCCACCCCCACCGACCUCGAUUAUGUCCCCUCCAUUAGCCAAACUAAAGCCGAACAGGACAGCGAGAGUAAAAGGAGCUCUGAGAUCCCAUCGGAAACGUGCUGCUCUUCAGAACCCCGAGUGGGAGCCAGUGGGACUUCUUUGGAGAGAGAGCAGGAGGAAGGGCCGGGGCCUACCCCAGAGGCCAAGUUAGACAAAACCUGUAUGAGCACAACCGUGAACAUCCCAGUGGCUAAUUCAGUGCUGCCCAAAAAUAGUGUUCUGGGGGGGGUCCUCAAAACAAAGAAGCAGCUGAAGACGGCAAAUCAUUUUGAUCUGCCCAAUGGUGUGCUGGCGGACAGCCUAGGUGAGGAGCCCCUUCCUUCCUUGCGCCGGGGCCGGAAAAGGCACUGUAAGACCAAGCACUUGGAACAAAACGGCUCCCUUAAGAAGCUGCGGCAAAGCGGUGGGGAGGCGGGCCCGGCCUCCCGGGCCCCAGGCAUGCGGGAGAUGGAGCAGAAGCUGCAGCAGGAGGAGGAGGACCGGCGGCUGGCUCUGCAGCUGCAGCGCAUGUUCGACAACGAGAGGCGGACCGGGAGUCGGCGGAAAGGGAGCAUGGAUCAGUAUCUCCUACGGUCCAGCAACGUGGCUGGGGCCAAGUAG